GGGGGGUGUAUAUAGACGUUUCCUGGAGAAGCCGGCCUUUCUUUUCCUCAGGCCGGGUCAAGGAAUCUUCGCUAAAAGUCACGACUCUCGAACUCAAGGUGGUUCAGGAGUUUUUUGGGGGCGGGGGCGGGGUCAAACCUCCGCCCCUCCCCCUAGCUUUCUUGGGGGGGUCUUGCCUCGACCCUCCGGAUAUUUUUGCAUGCUGGUGUACAUAUGCCCCCCUUGGUCCUUUUGUGGGAAGAGCCUGCUGGGUCUCUCUUUGGACUGGAUGGUCCUGAUAGUUCUGCUGGUCCUCAUGGUCCUGAUGGUCCUUAUGGUUCUGGUAAUCCUAAUAGUCCUGAUGAUCUUGGUGGUCCUGUUGGUCCUGGUGGGUCGAAUUGUCCUGUUGGGUCUAAUGGUCCUAAUGAUCCUGUUGGUCCUGUUGGGUCGACUGGUCCUGUCAGGUCUAAUGGUCCUGAUGGUCCUACUAGUCCUGAUGGUCCUGGUGGUUCCACUGGUCUUGAUGGUUCUGGUGGUCCUCAUGGUCCUAAUGAUCCUGUUGGUCCUGUUGGGUCGACUGGUCCUGUCAGGUCUAAUGGUCCUACUGGUCCUGAUGGUCCUGGUGGUUCCACUGGUCUUGAUGGUUCUGGUGGUCCUCAUGGUCCUAAUGAUCCUGUUGGCACUGUUGGGUCGACUGGUCCUGUCAGGUCUAAUGGUCCUGAUGUUCCUACUGGUCCUGAUGGUCCUGGUGGUCCUACUGGUCUUGAUGGUUCUGGUGGUCCUCAUGGUCCUAAUGAUCCUGUUGGUCCUGUUGGGUUGACUGGUCCUGUCAGGUCUAAUGGUCCUUAUGGUCCUGAUGGUCCUGGUGGUUCCACUGGUCUUGACGGUUCUGGUGGUCCUCAUGGUCCUAAUGAUCCUGUUGGUCCUGUUGGGUCGACUGGUCCUGUCAGGUCUAAUGGUCCUGAUGGUCCUACUGGUCCUGAUGGUCCUGGUGGUUCCACUGGUUUUGAUGGUUCUGGUGGUCCUCAUGGUUCGAAAAGUCAUGAUGGUCCUAAAGGUCCUGGUGGUCUUGAUGGUCCUAAUAGUCCCGAUGGUCUUAAAGGUCCUGGUGGUCUUGAAGGUCCUAAUAGUCACGAUGGUCUUAAAGGUCCUGGCGGUCUUGAUGGUCCUAAUAGUCCUGAUGGUCCGAAAGGUCCUGGUGGUCUUGAUGUUCCCAAUAGUCCUGAUGGUCCUGUUGGUCCUGCUUGGUCUAAUGGUCCGGGUGGGACUGAUGGUCCUAAUGGUCCUGAUGGUCCUGGUGGUUACAAUGGUCCUGUUGAUCCCGGUGGGUCCAAUGGUUCUAAUGGUCCUGGUGGUCUUCAUGGUCCUAAAGGUCCUGGUGGUCUUGAUAGUCCUGAUGGUCUUAAAGGUCCUAGUGGUCUUGAUGGUCCUAAUAGUCCUGAUGGUCCGAAAGGUCCUGGUGGUCUUGAUGUUCCCAAUAGUCCUGAUGGUCCUAAUGGUCCUGUUGGUCCUGCUUGGUCUAAAGGUCCGGGUGGGACUGAUGGUCCUAAUGGUCCUGAUGGUCCUGGUGGUUACAAUGGUCCUGUUGAUCCCGGUGGUUCUAAUGGUCCUGGUAGUCUAGAUGGUCCUAAUCGUCCUGAUGGUCCUAAAGUCCUGGUGGUCUUGAUGUUACCAAUAGUCCUGAUGGUUCUAAUGUUCCAGAUGGGUCUAGUGGUUACAAUGGUCCUGGUGGGUCAAAUGGUCCUAAUGGUCCUUAUGGUCUUGGUGGUUCCAAUGGUCCUGUUGGUCCUAUUGGAUCGAAUGGUACUGGUAGGUCUAAUGGUCCUGAUGGUCCUGUUGGUUCCAAUGGUCCUGUUGGUCCUGGUGGGUCUAAUGGUCCUGAUGGUCCUGGUGGGUCUAAUGGUCCUGAUGGACAUGUUGUGAAAAUUAAAAGGUUGUCGAAAACAAUCUUUAUUUUUGUGGCUUCAGCUGUUUUGCAAUCAUUUCUUUCCGCUGUAAAUUAACAUGUGUGGCUGUGGUAAACCCCCUUAUUCAUUUCCCUGCCCUUGUCCUCGCGUGUGCUCUUGAUAAACUUAAACACAAAAAAAAAAUGACCUUUUUUUCCCAGAAGCCCUCAGGGACCCUCGAAGCGCGCUCGUCCACGUCGUCCCAGACCUCAACGACCGCUUCUUCGCUUUUGCUCGUUUUCCUCGUCCGUGCUGAAGAUCAAAGUUCUCUCCCUUUGUCUCGGAAUCACAAGCGAGCGCCGAGUCCUCCGCCGCUGACGGGAGCGCCGUCCCGUCGAACCGACGCACCAAGACCGCGGCGUUUCGAAAACGUCAAGUUAGCACGGCGGCCUACCCUUUGACGGACGUCGUCUAGCUGUCAUUGGAAUGAAACCGCGACAGCGGGGCAUUAAGAGUCCCAUUCCGACUGUAUGUGAAAUUUCACAGCCAGGCUAAUCUGCCGACUAUUGCACCAUCUUAAAAGGCACACCCGUGACGGUGGAAAACCUUCCGAAAGACUCUUAAAAGAACGUACGGCGACGUUGGCUCGCUAGCUGGUCUGGUUCAAGCGCUAACCCGUCCCUCGGAGACGCCCGCCGGCGUGCGAGGAAUGCGACGGUCAUGCCUUCUUCACUUUUUCAGGGAAAACCGAGCCGGACCUGGCGGGAGCGCAGAGCGACAGGACGCCGCCGUGGGACGGGCGCUCCUCCCACGUCGCAUUCCGGACAAGUCGUUUCUUUUCUACCUAACUAUUCGCUCGCGGUUACAAAAUGAGUACGCUUCAAGCUACUUCCGACAUUCCUGGUGUAGUUCGGUCGGCCGCCUGACGCCGCGGGGGGGGCGCCAACGAGUCAAACUUUGCUUUAGUUUUUUUUUAACGUUUUUUUUUUUCUUCGUAGUCUCAGCUCGAUUGUUAACGGGUGGCCGGUCGCCCCCCCGACGGAACCCGCUGGGCUUUCUCUCGUCUUGUUGUUUUCGGGUUUGACGAUAUACCUCAUUCCUUCCGCCCAGCGGGCCCUAGGGGGCGCUGCGCCGAUGCUCAGGACACCCAAGACCUUCCCCCGCCCACACACACACACACACACACACACACACACAGAUCCUCCAAAAACCCAAACGGACCUCUUUCUUUCAAUACUGUUUACAGUUUGACAAAAAGUUUAUAAUUUAAAAACUAUUUUUCUCACGUUGUAGUUUUAUUUAUGUACAACAAUGUUUUGCUUUUGUACCUCGUGACUUGUAGGCUUCUCAUCAGCACUUACCAUCUCGUCAGCGCUUUUAGAUGAUUGAUUGAUUGAUUGAUUGACUGCACUAUUUGUCUUUUUCUCCCGGUUUGAAUGACGAAUCAAAUUUGACAAUAUUUGUGAUUUUGUUUUUGGAAAUAAAUGAAAGAAAAAAAAAGCUGAUUUGAUUUCCUGGAUUUUUUUUUUUUUUUUUGUAUUUUGAUUUUUUUUUUUUGCAUUGAAACGCUGAUUGGACGUUGAUUGUGCAUGUGUAAAAUACUUUACUGCUACUCUUCUCCUCCGUUGGCGAAGAAAACACGUUUCAGCUGUAACGUCGUGUAAGGUCGUGUUCACUGGAUGCUAGAACCUUCUUUUCAAAACCACUAUUCUUCUAAUAAAUUUUGUUGUGAAAAUAAA